GCAGUGCGACCAUCCGCGACGCGGGGCAUCUCGACCGCAUGGUGUCCACCAAGGAUGUCGAGUCUAGCCUUUCUGACGCCCUCGAGGAAUCAUUCGGUGGCGGCGCCGCCGUUGCCAGCCGCCUUUGGCGCAUCGAGGCCAGCGUGGGGCAGACCUACCAGGAGCUGGCCGAGAACUCGCACGGCUGGCUCACCGACGGCGUUGAGCACCACGGUAUGCAGCAUACUGCGUCAGAAGUGCGCGAGGUCGACGUCCUGCAGGAUGAGGCCCUCGCGUUCGUGGAGGAGCUCCUCGAGGCGCGCCGCGCCUGGCGCGAGCUGUCGCUGGGCGACGUCGGGGUGGCUCUGGAGAGGCGGAUCGUGAACGAGUCGCUGGACCUGGUCCAUGCUGCGCGCGUGCUGAACGAGCGCGCCGUGGCGGACAGGAUUGAUAAA